AAUGGGGGCUUAAAGUUUCAAGAUGUCCCACCUCAGAGUUUUCAGCCUUCAUCCAAGGACGUUGUCUGGACAGGAAAAAAUGAUCUAGCAUCCUGGGCUGCAAUCGAUGCAGACCCUGGUUUGGGACGAGGAGGACGGCGAUGUGUAGACUUUGGAAUGACAUGAUGUCCUGAGAAUGACAGAUGAGCACGUUAAAAACACGAUGGAGGAGUUUCUCGUCUCCCAUGGUUACCAGCUGGGCAAAACCAUCGGAGAAGGGACGUAUUCAAAGGUCAAGGAAGCUUUUUCAAAAAAACACCAACGGAAAGUGGCUGUGAAAAUUAUAGACAAAGUGGGAGGACCAGAAGAGUUCAUCGAGAGAUUCCUGCCCAGGGAACUCCAGAUCAUCAAGCGCCUGGACCACAAGAACAUCAUCCGGAUGUAUGAGAUGUUGGAGUCGAUGGACGGGAAGAUCUACAUCGUGAUGGAGUUGGCGGAGGACGGUGACGUCUUCGAGCGCGUCCUGCAAGAAGGGCCUCUGCCCGAGAGCCGAGCCAAGGCCCUCUUCCACCAGCUGGUGGAAGCCAUCCGCUACUGCCACGGUUGCGGUGUGGCGCACCGCGACCUCAAGUGCGAGAACGCCCUCCUGCAAGGUUUCAACCUGAAACUGACCGACUUUGGAUUUGCAAAGCUGCUCCCCAAGAACCGCAAGGAGCUGAGCCAGACGUUCUGCGGCAGCACGGCCUACGCGGCCCCUGAGGUGCUGCAGGGCGUGCCCCACGACAGCCGGAAAGGCGACAUCUGGAGCAUGGGGGUGGUGCUCUACGUCAUGCUGUGCGCCAACCUGCCCUUUGACGACACGGACAUCCCCAAGAUGCUCUGCCAUCAGCAGAAAGGGGUCUCCAUCCCAGGCCACUUGGAGAUCUCCGAGGAGUGCCAGGACCUCCUCAAAAGCCUGCUGGAGCCAGACAUGGUCCUGAGGCCUUCCAUUGAGGAAGUGAGCUGGCACCCAUGGCUAGCAAGCUCUUGAGAGAGAGAAGGACCGUUCUGCACGCUCCCCAAAUAAAAGGGGACAGUCCGUUGCCAAAUGCUCACAUAUAUUUUAACGUUAUGCUCAGUUUCUGGUCUAUCCUUACCCUCUACCCCCAACAGCUUGCUUUUAAAAAAAGUAGAUAGGUUGGUAUCUUGUGCAUCCCCUUCUCCAAGGGAGUAAGACAUGCCAGUCACGUUUGCCCUUGACCUGCCAAAAUCCAGGUAUUUUGGAAGAACACCUGGAUGAAAAAAGAGUGGAUUUGUUCCGUUCUUGCAGACAUUUUCCCUUUCUCUCUCUCUCUCCCUCAUCCCAACCCUUUUCCUAAGGCUGCAUCUAAGAAACACCUCAGGAAAAAUUAGGGGAUAGGACAGUGUAUCAAAGGAGCAGGCUAUUACCCCCACCUACCACCAACCCAAAGCCCAUCAAAAAACAAACAAA